CAGUUCCUCGCCUUCUCGUCCUCUCUCUCGUUCUGUACCCCUCACCCCUGGCCUGUACCAUUGUGAAUAUCUCCAGACCUCCCACCCUAGCCUACACCCCCCUGUGUCUGCGGGACAGAGACGGAAGAAGAAUUUGUGAGGGGCUCUGUUGUCCGCCUGUGGGGUGGGGUCAGGAGUUCGCUCCCCCACCAGCUCGGAUUUACUCACCUGAGAGAGAGAGAGAGAGAGGGUUGCGGUGGAGGAAGUGCCAGGGAAUCGCCGCACCCUUCUUGAUUCGGCCCAUCGCUCCCUGAGGAGACAGCUUCCUGUAGGAUUCUGAAAUCCUGUGCUGGGAGGGAUACAUCUAACGCCUUAUUGUGGUCUACCAUGGAAUUAUAGCAUAAAGGAUGGACUCUGUGAUGUCAUUCUUUGGUCUGGACUGUGCAAAAAGGAAAGAGAAAGAGGAAGAGAGACAUCUACGAGCAAAUGACAGAGAGUUUAACCUCUCCUACAAAUAUGCGACUAACUCCAUUAAAACCUCAAAAUACAACCUGUUUACCUUCCUGCCCCUCAACCUCUUUGAGCAGUUCCAGAGAAUCGCCAACGCCUACUUCCUCUUCCUGCUCAUCCUACAGCUGAUCCCAGAAAUCUCCUCCCUCUCGUGGUUUACUACCGUGGUGCCCCUUGUCCUGGUGCUGUCCAUAACCGCCGCCAAAGAUGCCAGUGAUGACAUUAACCGACAUAAAAGCGACAAGCAGGUCAACAACCGCAAAGUCGAAGUCCUCAUCAAUGGAGAAUUGAAGAGUGAAAAAUGGAUGGACGUGCAAGUGGGUGACAUCAUCAAACUAGAAAAUAACCAGUUUGUCACGGCAGAUUUGCUGUUACUCUCCAGCAGCGAACCGUUGAAUCUGAUCUACAUCGAGACCGCAGAGCUGGAUGGAGAAACCAACCUGAAGGUGAAACAGGCGCUUACUGUGACGGGCGAGAUGGGGGACAACAUCGAUAGACUGGCCGCUUUCAAUGGCGAGGUGCACUGUGAGCCCCCGAACAACCGUCUGGACAAAUUCACGGGGACGCUGACCUUCCGGGGGGAGAAGUACUCCCUGGACAACGAGAAGAUCCUUCUGCGGGGCUGCACGCUGCGGAAUACAGAGUGGUGCUUCGGGUUGGUGCUCUUCGGAGGUCCUGAUACCAAGCUGAUGCAGAACUGUGGGAGGACAAUAUUCAAGCGUACAAGCAUUGACCAUCUAAUGAACGUGCUAGUGCUUUGCAUCUUCGGGUUCCUGGCUUUCAUGUGCACCAUCCUGGCCAUUGGCAAUGGAAUCUGGGAGUACCAGGAGGGGUCGGUGUUCAUGGCCUUCCUACCCAGGCAAGAUGGGGUGGAUGCUGCAUUCUCCGCCUUCCUCACCUUUUGGUCCUACGUCAUCAUUCUCAACACCGUGGUUCCCAUCUCCCUCUAUGUCAGUGUUGAGAUCAUUCGUCUGGGGAACAGCUUCUACAUCGACUGGGACAGGAAGAUGUACUACCCUCGCAAUGACACCCCAGCCCAGGCGCGGACCACCACCCUAAACGAGGAGCUGGGUCAGAUCAAGUACAUCUUCUCCGACAAGACGGGUACCCUCACCCAGAACAUCAUGACCUUCAACAAGUGCUCCAUCAACGGGCGGUCCUACGGGGAUGUGGUGGACUUUGCUGGGCAAAGAGUGGAAAUCACUGAGAAGACAGAGAGAGUGGAUUUCUCCUACAACCCCCUGGCCGACCCCAAAUUCCACUUCCACGACCACAGCCUGGUGGAGGUAGUGAAGCUGGACAACCCUGAGGUGCACGCCUUCUUCCGCCUGCUGUCUCUCUGUCAUACGGUCAUGGCCGAGGAGAAGAGAGAAGGUGACCUGCUGUAUCAGGCCCAGUCACCAGAUGAGGGUGCCUUGGUCACCGCCGCCCGAAACUUUGGCUUUGUUUUUCGGUCCCGGACUCCUGAGACAAUAACCAUUGUGGAGAUGGGCGUUCAGAGGAGCUAUGAUCUCCUGGCCAUCCUGGACUUCAACAAUGUCCGCAAGCGGAUGUCUGUCAUUGUACGCAGCCCUGAGGGGAAACUGUCACUGUACUGUAAAGGUGCAGACACUAUUGUUUAUGAGAGACUUCACCAUUCCUGUAACAAGCUGAUGGACGUCACCACAGAACACCUCAAUGAGUUUGCUGGGGAAGGGCUGAGGACUCUGGUCCUGGCAUAUAAGGACCUGGAUGAGGACUACUUCCAGGAGUGGAAACAGAGGCAUCACGAAGCGAGCACUGCCCUGGAGGACAGAGAGGAGAUGCUGGAUGAACUGUAUGAAGAGAUCGAGAAGGAUUUGCUGCUCUUAGGAGCCACAGCCAUUGAAGACAAGCUGCAGGACGGAGUGCCGCAGACCAUCGAGCAGCUGGCGAAGGCUGACAUUAAGAUCUGGGUGCUGACUGGUGACAAGCAGGAGACGGCAGAAAACAUCGGCUACUCCUGCAACAUGCUGCGAGAGGAAAUGAACGAAGUUUUCAUUGUAGCGGGCAAUUCCUCAGAGGAAGUGAGGGAGGAACUUCGAAAUGCCAGACUGAAAAUGAAGCCAGACACAGAGGAUGAGCCACUUUUCGUCAAGAGCAGCAUGCUGGGGAAAAAGACCAAGGUGGUUGCUGAGGAAACUGUGGAUGGGGAAUAUGGACUGGUGAUCAAUGGACACAGUUUGGCCUAUGCCCUGGACAAGAGCAUGGAGCUGGAGCUGCUCAGGACGGCCUGUAUGUGCAAGACGGUUAUCUGCUGCCGGGUGACGCCCCUGCAGAAGGCCCAGGUGGUGGAGCUGGUCAAGAAACACAAGAAUGCCGUCACCCUGGCCAUCGGAGACGGGGCCAAUGAUGUCAGCAUGAUCAAAGCGGCUCACAUUGGCGUUGGCAUCAGCGGGCAGGAGGGCAUGCAGGCGGUGCUGUCCAGCGACUUCUCCUUCGCCCAGUUCCGCUACCUGCAGCGCCUCCUGCUGGUGCACGGCCGCUGGUCCUACCUGCGCAUGUGCAAGUUCCUGCGCUACUUCUUCUACAAGAACUUCACCUUCACGUUCGUUCACUUCUGGUACGCCUUCUUCUGUGGAUUCUCGGCGCAGACCGUGUAUGACGAAUGGUUCAUCACCCUGUACAACCUGGUGUACACUGCUCUCCCAGUGCUGGGCAUGAGUCUGUUUGACCAGGAUGUGACCGACACUUGGAGCUUCCAGUACCCCCAGCUCUACGUCCCCGGCCAGCUCAACAUGUACUUCAGCAAGACGGCCUUCGUCAAGUGCCUCCUGCACAGCUGCUACAGCUCGCUGGUGCUCUUCUUCAUCCCCUACGCCGCCAUGCACGACACAGUGCGGGACGACGGCAGGGACAUCGCCGACUACCAGUCCUUUGCACUGCUGGCCCAGACCUGCCUACUCAUUGCAGUCUGCAUCCAGCUGGGGCUGGACACGGCCUAUUGGACGGCGGUGAACCAGUUCUUUCUGUGGGGCAGCUUGUCUGUGUACUUCGCCAUCACCUUCACCAUGUACAGCAACGGCAUGUACCUCAUCUUCACCGCAUCCUUCCCCUUCAUCGGCACGGCCAGAAACUCCCUGAACCAGCCCAACGUGUGGCUGACAAUCCUACUGACCUCCAUCCUGUGCGUGCUGCCCGUCGUGGCCUACCGCUUCCUGCUCAUCCAGCUGUGGCCCACCAUCAACGACAAGGUGAGGUUCAAAAUGAAACAGGCCAAAGCCGUGCCCGCUCCCCCCAGACGCACCCACGUGCGACGCCCCAGUUCCCGGCGGUCUGGCUAUGCCUUCUCGCACGCCAAGGGCUACGGCGACCUGGUGACCUCCGGGCGGUACCUCCGACGCCCUGCCAUAAACCGCUCGGCCAUGUUCAGCCCCGCGGGGCACCAGCAGGGCGCAGCGCAGGGGGAUGCCCCGCCCCAGACGUACCGGCCCGUCAGAGACCACUCACGGGACGACCACCCCGCGCCCUGAGGGCGGAACCAGAGCUGAGACAUGUUUAUGCAGGCGGAACCCUGGGAAGGGGGGGAGCCACAGGGUUUUUGUCAUCGUCACCGCGGCAACCCCCUGCUGGUGUGCUCCUCAGCUGUCCAUCCCUCUGUUUUGAACCACUUUGUUUGCGGUGUCAUCUGUGGGUGCAGGAGUGCGACAGCACCUUAUCGCCGCUGUGCCUUUCUGCCUGUGGACGAUUAAUCCCGAUGUUCCAAUGACUGUGAUCCCAACCAAACGCACAGAACAAAAUCCAGCCCUCACGAUUCUUUCAGUGAAACACUGUAGAAAUGACAGGAUCUUAUGGAUUGUGAUUUGUUGUAAAGUCACAUGACGGAUGCUGAAUGAUGAAUAGGAUUUUGUACUGUGUGUUUUUCUUCAGUGUCAGGCAUCAAAGCAAAAUUUGUUCUGAAGUUGUCUUUUAGCUAUGAUCAUGUACAGAGAGUCACGAGAUAUUGACUGAGUAACACACUACGAGGGAUAAACCAUUAAGAAAAAAAAGAGAAAAAAAACAUUCAAGAACACUAAUUCUUCUACUGCACCAUGAAUGGAGAAUGUAUCCCAUGUGGGCGUGGUCACACCAUGUGCGGUUCCUCUGUGUCCUAACCUCCACAUCAGGGUGAAAUGCCGUGUUGACCUGUUUUCCUUAACCAGCGUCUCACAUCUGUUAAAUCAACAGCAGCUAACCAACAUAGAUGGGACCAGACAGAGGAGAAGUGGCUGCAAACCUCAGCUGCAGUCAACACUACUGAAUGUAUUGCUUCAUAUUGGAACUGCCUGGGACUUUUUUAUUCCUCAUUGUUUGACGAGGAUUGAAGUGACCAAUAAGCGUGCUGCAUGAUCUGAAAUUGCUCCAUCUCACAAGAGUUCAGGUUGAUCUAGUUGUGUUCAUCUGUUCUGUACCAUGACGUAAAGUGUGUGUAUUUUACUUGGGUAAAAGCAAAGGCAGGGAGGGUCUUUUACAAUGGCUCUAAAGAAUACAAAAUUUAUUGGAUCAAGAUAUCAAGAUCAAGAUAUGAUUUGUUUGUCUUUCAAACUUUAUUUGUCAUUGCUUUUGUCUUAGAAUAAGCACUUAGAUUUGUGGCUCGGCAGUCAGAAAUUAGAUUAGAUUUAGUUUUCUGCAUUAGCUGCUCCUGUUUUCUUUUUACAAGUCCCUUGGAUGUACCUUCUUUCUGCCUUCAGUGGUGAACAUGCAGUAGCAGCAACCUAAAUCUGAAGUAUGAUUGUGCUUGACUAAAGUUAAGGACAUUAUAGGACAUUCCUCAGGUAGAGCACUGAGACACAUACUUUGCACUCGUUUCCUUUGAAAUGUAGACGGAGUUUUUACAAACAAGCCCAGUUGCCAUGGGAAACUAGGUUAAUCUGUUUUAAAAAUGUGUAUCGGCUUCCAUUCUUCAUGCUUACAGCCGAAUUACAUUUAUGUUGACUAUAUAACAUGGUCUUGCACUUAAUAUUUUUAAACAUGCUUAAACUGUGGUCAGAUAUUUUUCCACGUGCCCCAUCUGAAGGCAAAACAUGUGACAUGAUUUUCCUGUCCCUUCUGCAAGGUUGUAAGAGAUUAUGUCGCAUGAAGGGGUUUACACUAAAACAGAAAUUUCAAAGAGGGAAACUAAACUGUAAAUGUGUGUCAUAGUCCAUCAGGUCCUUAAAAGCCUUGUACAUAUAUAAUCAUGCAUCUGAUCUGUUGGGAUGAUUAUGAUUAUGUGUCAAAAGAACUUAUUUGGAAUAUCAUAUUUGCUCAUUUUAUUGGCACAACCCUUUAUCAUCGCUUUAUUUAACAUGCGGUU